AUGAUGCGGUCCGGGCCUCGGGCACGGCUGGAGGCCCUGCGCAAGGUAUGGCGAGGCGGGCGCGAAGAAGACGGCUGCAAAGAAGACGGCUGCAAAGAAGACGGCUGCAAAGAAGACGGCUGCAAAGAAGACGCCGGCGAAAAGACGACGGGCAAGAAGGCGGCGAGCAAGGCCAAGAAGGAGGAGAUCCCGAUCCGCGAGUGGUGGAACGAGCCGCCGCUGAAGAACGGGCAAAAGUGGCGGUCGCUCCGGCACAACGGCGUGUACUUUGCGGAGGAGUGGAAGCCGCACGGCGAGCCGAUCAUCUACGAUGGCGAGGAGAUUGUGCUGCCGCCACUGGCUGAGCAGUACGCGACGCAGUUUGCACAGGUGAAGGACAACGAGAACUACGGGGCCAACCCAGUUUUCCGGCGCAACUUUUUCAAGGACUGGCGGAAGCAGUGCCUGGUGCCGGCCAAGCUUGGGCGGAUCAAGGACAUCAAGAAGAUCGACUGGUCGCGGCUCAUUGCGUGGUCUGAGGCGGAGAAGGAGCGCAAAAAGUCGCGGAGCAAGGAGGAGAAGGAUGCAGAAAAGGCCAAGAAGGCUGCGAUCAAGGAAAAGUAUGGGCAUGUGUGGAUUGAUGGCUUCCGCGAGGAGCUCGGCAACUUUACGAUCGAGCCACCGGGCCUGUUCCGCGGGCGCGGCGAGCACCCGAAGCGCGGCUCGCUCAAGCCGAUCACGUGGCCAGAGGACAUCACGCUCAAUAUCUCGCGCGACGCGCCUGUCCCGCCGUGCCCGCUCGAGGGCCACAAGUGGGGCGCGAUUGUGCACAACGACUCGGCGAUGUGGAUUGCCAACUGGCGUGAAAAGCUGUGCGGGCAGCACAAGUACGUGUGGGCGUCGGCGGGAGCGUCGAUCUCGCAGCGCGGCGACAUGGCCAAGUUUGACAAGGCCCGCGAGCUGCAGUACUACAUCGACAAGCUCCGUGGUGACUACAUGCGCAAGCUCAAGUCGAAGGACGCGACGUCGCGGCAGCUUGGGCUUGCGUCAUGGAUUGUCGACGUCCUUGCGCUCCGUGUGGGAAUGGAGAAGAACGCCGAGGAGGAGGCCGAGACGUACGGCACGUGCUCGCUCCUUGUCGAGCACGUGGAACUGCUCGAGGGGCCCAAGCUCAAGCUCGAGUUUCUGGGCAAGGAUUCGAUGCCGUACACCAACACGGUGGAUGUGCCCGAGGAGGUGGCGGCGGCGAUGGGCAAGUGCCUCAAGGGCAAGGCGGCGACCGACUCGAUCUUUGACUCGAUCUCCCCGACGACGCUCAACUCGUACUUUAAGGAGUUUAUGCCCGGCCUCUCGGCCAAGGUCUUCCGUACCUACAAUGCGUCGGUGACGCUCGAGCGCGAGCUGGCCAAGUCGGAGGGCCUCAACCUGUCGAUCGAGGAGGCGCGGGUGUUCUACACCAACGCCAACCGCGAGGUGGCUAUCCUCUGUAACCACAUGCGGACGGUCAACGAGGAGUCGUUCUCGGCGCAGGUGGACCGGAUGCAGGAGCGGCUCAAGGCCGCGCGCAAGGCGCUCAAGGAGCGCAAGAACAAGACCAAAGACGCGCGGGCAACACUCAAAGAGGCCAAGGCCGAGGGCAAGCCCAAGGCGCUUGAGAAGGCCAAGAAGGCGCUCGAGCGCGCCAAGGCGCUCGAGACCAAGCAGGUCGGGCGGGUGAAGAAGAUCGAGGCCGACAUGGAGCUGAAGACGUCGACCAAGGAGAUUGCCCUUGGCACGUCCAAGAUCAACUACAUGGACCCGCGGAUCACCUACGCGUGGUGCAAAAAGGUGGGCAUGCCUGUGGAGAAGGUGUUCAACCCGGCACUCAUCAAGAAGUUCCCCUGGGCUGAUGUCGCCGGCGAGGACUGGAAGUUUAUCUGCCCUCGCGAAGUCUCGGGCAUCAAGAUCAAGCGGGUGGUCAAGAAGAAGAAGUCGACGGCCAAGAAGAAGUCGACGGCCAAGAAGAAGUCGACGGCCAAGAAGAAGUCGACGGCCAAGAAGAAGGCGACCGCGACCAAGAAGAAGAAGUCGACUGCGACCAAGAAAAAGUCGACCAAGAAGAAGGUGACCGGCAAGCGCAAGCGCGGGUCGGCGACCGCCAAGAAGGCCGCCGAUGGCGACGACGAGGACGACUUUGUGGCCUCGGGCGACGACGAUGAUGCCUUUACACGGCGCAAGGAUGGCGACUUUGUGGCCUCGGACGACGAUGACGACCUUCCGCUCCGGUCGCCGGUCAAGCGCUCACGUCGCUCGAGGGCGGUGGUCAACUAUGCCGUCGACGACAACGAUGAUGACGAGUAGGCGGCUCCAUACGCAAGCAAUGAUACGCGCCCGCGCCCGCUGUAUCCUGCAAUACGCGCACAAGCUAAACUGCGAUUCCACCCCACUGCCUGCAGAGCAG